CGCGAUCUUGACGACUAAAGCUCAUCCUGGAGACGAUGUGAUGCCAGUUUUUCUUGACUACAUACCCGGCAUCCUUUGCUUUCAUCUUACGUCUCCGGGCUGAGGAGCAGAUAGCUAGCGAACAUGGCGCCGGUGGACAUCGACCACCAACCGGGGUCUAUACCGCUGGUUCUGGCCGGGCUCCGUGUCGUGUCAGCUGCGUACGCAUCUUACACAGUCGGCCGGAGCCUGUACCGGUCACACAAGGCCCUUGGACCGGCUCAGGACACGCGACACCGGACUGCGGAACGCGGCAAGCUCACGGCCGCCUUUGGAAGCCUCGCGGCCCUCGGACUCGUCUUUGCCGUUACGUCCAGCCUGGAUUACCUGACGCUCUCGUACAAGGUAUGGGCGUCCGAACGGGGAAUCGAAGUCCCAGAUUCUUUGUUUGGAAACCACACGUUGGGCACGAAUGACACAGGCCAACCGGCUUUGCACCUCGGAGCUUGGUUGAGUGACACUCCGGUCUACUUCGAUGCCCUGGAGAUCGUUGCCGAGAAGACGAGGAGACUAUGGUGGGGUCAGCAACUGGACCUCGCGACAAUCGCCUGGACCGCGCUGCUUGCCGUUGAGGGCCGCCGCCGCAGGAUUCCCCAUCUCUGGGCCUACGCUCUGCUGCCUCAUCUCGUCAACCUGUCCUUUGCCCAAAACCUGUUCUAUGUGGCACUGCUCCAGACCCCCGUGCCCAUUGCAUCUCAAGAGACGAGAAUUGCCCGAGCUGUGCACUGGCUGCUACCCAGGAAGCCGAACAACUGGUUCCCCAAGCUCCCCGUGCUCUUCCUGCCCUUACUUUGCAGCUACCUGGCCACGAUCUGGCUCCCUUACACCGCGGGCACCCCGUCGUUCCCAACGGCGGUCGCCCUAUCGAAAGUCCUGACCCUGGGGCCGCUGAUACUCCCCGCGAUCGCCCCGGCUUCCUGGGGCACCGUCUACACGGAUCCGCGAGACGCCUACCCCGGCAUCACCAAGCUCUUCAACGCCAUAUCCACCGCCAGCGCCCUGAUCUACGCCAAGACCACGGUAUUCGCCCUCCUGGACAACCGCCCCGGCUCGUACAAGCACCGGCACAGCAUCAAGAUACCGUUCGACACGGAGAAGCGGUCGAGGUGGGAGCGCACGGCCACGGCGGUCGAGAAGGUCCUUGGGGCGCUGACCGACCACCCCGUGGUCGCAGCCGCGGGCAAGGACGCGCUCCUGUGCGCGCUGAGCCUGGGCCUGUGGGCCGCCGUGCGCGCGACCGACGCACGCAGCAUGCUGCGCGCCGUGUCCUCUGCUGCCCCCCGCCAGGGCCAGGCUGCUGCGCAGCGGUCUCCGUCCGAGGAAGCGACGGGCGAGACCAUAAAGGUCGAGCUGCCCGAUGCUCGCGAGGAGGGAGAGCAGGAGCAGCAGCAGGAGCCGGCCCCCGCCGCCCCUGGGCUCUCCAUGACGCUGCGGCGCCGCGGCCGGCCGAAGAAGAGCAGCGUAUCUAGCACUGCGAGCUCUGACGCGCCGACCGUCGUCGCCGAAGACACGCACCCGACCCCGAGACGGCGCGGUCGGCCGCGGAAGGUCAAGCAGGAGCCGGAGCCGGAGCCGAAGCCGGAGCCGGAGCACGAUAAUUUGGAACCGGAGGAGGUUCCCGACGAUAAGACAUAUGAGCCCACCCCGGCGGUAAGAGCGGGCGUCGGCCUGGGCGAUGUCCUUCCGGAGGAUGACUUCGACUGGGAAUCUGCCGCGCUCGCCUGGGGCUUGACCGUCUUGGCCGGGCUGGGGGUUGGCAGCGCCGCUGUUUUUGGAGCCGAGUGUGUCUCGCGGUGAGGCGUAUUGAGGGUUGGGCGGGCUUUACUGGUCUAGGGGUACAUACUAUUAUUGGGAUGUGGAUGGCUUGGUGGCGGCGUACGGGUGGGAUAUGAAUGCUUAUGCCAUGGUUUCGGUCGGUCACUGGUUAUUGGGCUUGAUAGGUUUGAAAAGUCUGAACAGGGAGGGCGUGGAGAGUUGCGGUACUGGACGAGGAGCCUCAAGGUUGGGAUGGGACCUGCAAUCCGCCUUUUUUGCAGUCUUGGUUUGGGUAUUUGAGAACCUAUGCGACAAGGUAGUUACGGGACAGCGCCAGGAUGAAUCAGUCCUAUUCCAUGGCUUACUGCCAAAUGAAUCCCAUAGUGAACUAAUGAAGUCCCUGAGCGGCCAAGACGGUGAUCAACUUGGGCGGCUUCUAAUCAAGGCGCCACUUUUAUCAAGUGGCCUGCUCCUG